CGCGAGACUGACCAAUCAAGCGAGAGUGUGCGUGUCAGGUGACCAAAAUGUCCAAAAUGUCAGCCCCCAUGAAAAAGAAAAUUUAGAGAAAUGGAUCUCUAUUCGUGGGGGGCGAACAGCUAUGGUCAACUGAGUGCCAAUCACAAAGACGAUAUUUCCUAUCCAUGUAAGGUGAACAUUCCAACUAGAUGUCUUCCAGUCAAGCAAAUCUACGGAGGAGGAGGGCACACAAUAUUCCUGUCAGCGUCUGGGGAGAUUUGGAGCUGUGGAUGGAACUCGAAAGGGCAGCUUGGGCUUGGUCACAAGGACGAUAUCCAAGAGCUACAGCUUGUCCCCUCAUUGAAGAGUAAAUCUGUGAAGGCGGUGGCAUGUGGAUGGGACUUUUCUUUAGUUUUAACUGAUGAUAAGACUCUGUAUAUCUGUGGUUCCAAUGCCUUUGGACAACUUGGAGUUCCCCUGGAGAAGUCCAGCAUUCUCUCGUUGGAGCCAUCUCUUUCGAUGAAGAAUGUUGUUGAUAUUGCUGCAGGUCUUCGUCAUUCUAUUAUCUUGACUGCCAAUGGCGAUGUUAUGACCUUUGGAAAUGGAAAGAAAGGGCAACUUGGACAGUUGUGUUCGAAACCUGUAGCAAAGCAACCACUGCCAGAGAAAGUGACAUUUCCAGCUGAUCAUGCAAGGAUUACUCAAGUCGUUGCUGGUGCUUAUCAUUCAGCUGCUUUGACAGAAAGUGGUGAAGUUCUGUUUUGGGGAUGUAACAAAUAUGGUCAGGGUACACAAUCGGCCGGUGACCCUAUUCAGUAUAACACUUCACUGAUGAUACGAAGUGGGACAUUUGAUGGAAAGAAAGUUGUGAAACUUUUUAGUGGUUGGACUCAUCUUCUGGCUUUGACAGAAGAUGGAUUGGUAUAUUCCUGGGGCCGAGCGGACUAUGGCCAGCUGGGGAGACUUGUGACAGAUCCCUGUGAUCCAAAGCCUCGACCUAUUCCUGGCCUGAAGGUCACACAGUUGUGUUGUGGGUCAGAACAUAACCUAGCAACCCUGGUUCUUAUUCUUUGUUGCAGAGUCUGGCAAUGUUGUAUCCUGGGGUUGGAACGAGCACGGCAUCUGCGGUACGGGAAAUGAGGAAAAUGUCCCAAAACCUGAAGUCAUUAGUGUCUUCAAGGACUUUGAUGUGAUAAACAUUGGCUGCGGUGGCGGUCACUCCUUUGUUGUGUGUAAAAGGAGCUGACAGGACAUGUCAUUACUGAGACAUUCUAGACAGAUUUGUCCUACCUUGGCUUCCCUGCACAGUGCAGGAUGAGGAAAAGACUGAUGUUUGAUGACGGGAUACAUCGACUAAGAAAUUACCAACUGCUCGAUGAUGUUGCUGGCAGCAUCUUGGCAAAACAGUGCCAAAUACAUGGACCAGUUUUAGUUUGAUGAGUAGGGUAGACAAGUGAUACUUCAGUUCUUGUGCAGGAUUACUGUGUUUAUCUGUUAUGUUGAAUAAACACCCAGUUA